ACGGGCUGUGGUUCUUCUUAGAUAAUACUGCCAUAGCUUCGAGGAUAUAUCUUUCUUGUAUCUAGAGUUUUCAAUUCUCAUCUCAUGUGCUCAGUGAAUAUUUCCAUCCUACAUCGCUAGCAAACCAUGGUACCAUCAUUGGCGUUGUCAGCAUGGCUGAUCGCUCUUCUCCCGCUGGCCACUGCAUCCUUCUAUGACAACCCAGAAGUGGAACUCCCACCAAAGUCCGGCACACCUUUGGAGGAGUUGGAAGCCAAAUGGGGCACUGAUUGGGGAUUCACAGGGAUAUCGACCUUUGCACAUCUAAAGCACAUCAAGUGUUUGACAACACCAUACGAGCAAUUCGAUAUCGGUAUAAUCGGCGCACCGUUCGACACAGCAGUGAGCUAUCGCCCAGGCGCCCGCUUCGGCCCACGCGCCAUCCGCGCAGCAUCUGCCCGCCAAACCUCCUUCCGAGGCUUCAACCACCGCGCCGGCAUCAACCCAUACCAAUCAUGGCCACACAUUCUCGACUGUGGCGACAUCCCAGUCACGCCCUUCGACAACGCUUUAGCCUUGCACCAGAUGACGAGCGCCUACACCGAGCUCGUCUCUCGCCAACCCCUGUCCUACACUAACCCCCCAUCCCACACGCACCCAAAGCUCAUCUCCCUGGGUGGCGACCACAGCAUCGCACUAGCAGCACUUCGGGCUUUGGAGAAAGUCCACAAGAAACCAAUUGCUGUCCUCCAUUUCGACGCUCACCUCGACACAUGGCACCCAGGCUCCUAUCCCAGCGCGUGGGCCAACACUCCCACGCAAGCGGACUUCACGCACGGGACCAUGUUCUGGGUUGCCAGCGAAGAAGGGCUCAUCGCUAACGGGUCAAGUGUCCACGCGGGUCUCCGCACACGUCUCGGCGGCAAUGAUUUCGCGGACUACGACAACGACGAGCGCCAGGGUUUCUUGAGGAUCGAGGCCGACGACAUUGAUGCAGUCGGCGUGUCCGGCAUCAUCGAACUCAUCAUGAGCCGCAUCGGUACUGAAACUCCCGUUUAUCUAUCAGUCGACAUCGACGUGAUCGACCCUGGUUUGGCACCGGGUACUGGAACACCCGAAGCCGGCGGGUGGACAACCCGUGAAUUGAUCGGCAUCCUGCGCGGCAUCGAGAUGCUUAACGUCGUCGGCGCGGAUAUCGUCGAAGUCGCGCCUGCCUAUGAUGGGGUGGGCGAGUCCACGGCCCUAGCGGGUGCUCAGGUCGCGUAUGAAAUCCUCACGAGCAUGGUCAAGCGCGGGCUAAAGGAUCGGGGCGAGGAAGUCAUUCUUACCAAACCUGGUACUCAGAAGAUUCUGGCACAGGGCAAGAAGAAGUUCAAGAAGGAUGAAUUGUAGAACAGUGAGCGAAGACAAAGUUGGCUUGAUGGCU